AUGCAGGCACCUUUCCACAGGAAGAGGAAGAUGAUAAAGAAAUGUGAUGGCGUAAAGCCCGCCUGCCAGCAGUGUACCCGAGCAAAGAAGGCCGAAUGUUGCGAAUACGAUGAUGGAAAGGGCAAGACCAGGACUCAGUUGCUCAAAGAGACCAUUGCUAGACUUGAGCAGAGGGUAAAAGAAUUGGAAGAUCCUAGUUAUCUCGCGGCAUCUGUUAUGCUCUUUGACGUUCCAAGCGAGAACGGCCACCAGCGAAACCCUUCGUUCUCAGGCUCUGGAUCCCCACCUUCCUCCUAUGACUCCCCGGACAGCGCAUUUUUGUCUGCGUUCCCCCACACUGAGUCUUCAGCAUCCCCUUCCACGCCAUGGUCCCAAUUGCAGUCCAUUGCUUCUCCGAUGAACCCGCCAAUGAUGCCAGACAUCUUCUUCGAUGAGAGACAUUCGCCUUUCGCGCCUUCCGAUGAUAUCUCGAUGAUCCUUCUGGAUAUUUUUGCUCCACACAGCCGCCAGUCCGGUUUGGAGAUUGACAUUGAUACUCUCCGCAGCAACCUCAGACACCCUGGUGCUGAGCAGAAGCACCCGGCUCUGAUGAACGCCAUCUAUCUUUGGGCUUGCUUCAUUUCCCGACCAGAGCCCCUCUGCCAACAUGAGGACUACUACCUCAGGCAGUCUCUUGAGGCUAUUCCUGGUGCUCUGCGAUCCGGACAAUCCCUCGAUGUCAUUCGAACCUCGUGCGUGCUGGCCACCUACUUCCUUGCUAACGGCCGCGUCCUCGAAGGCAGCUACCACGCAAGCGCUGCCGCUGCGCUUGCCGACCAGAUCGGACUCGGCAACUCGCUUACUGAGUCUGACGACAAGCAAGAGCUUUGCGCCGAAAGGGUCCUCACUUUCUGGCAAGUGUACAAUCUGGACAAGACUUGGUCUGUCGUUUUGCGCAAGAGGUCGCUCAUUUCAGAUGGACCCGAUACAAGGAGCAUGAUCACCUGCCCUUGGCCCCAAGACAUUGCCGAUUACAAGCAGCACUCCCGUAUUUCUGCCUCCGGCCAUUCCCCUACGAUCCAGGCCUUCCUUGCCGGAUCCAUGUCAGCGGCUGGCUUCUCGUCGGCAGCCUUGCGUACCAAAGCGUCCGCACUGCUCUCGGAGGCAGAUCGCAUUGCUGCGCAAUGGUGCCCCGGAAUGAAGAUUUCCGCUCAGCUCAUUGACGGAAUCAACAACCUUGAACGUAUCAUCAACCUCUUCUUGUCAACGCUUGUUCAGCCCGAUCAGUUGGAUACCGUGACACCCGAAGAAAAGUUCAAUUCCAUCGUGGCGCACACCAUUGCCCACUGCGCAAUGAUUCAUCUCCACCGACCUUUUGUCUCUGAGAAUCCCGUCUCCGUUGAGAAGUGUGCUCAAGCUGCACGCGCCUGCAUUGCGCUGAUCAGGUAUCUCAACGAGCGCGAGUUUGUGUUCCUGGAUCCCAUCAUGGGGCCUUGCUGGUCCUGGGUCGCCGACGACACCGUCAGCCGUCUCGAUGUUCUUGAGCGAGCAUGGCCGAUGAGCGAUACCUCCGAUGUGAUUAACGAACUCGGGAUUCUCCUCUACGCAAUGACCAAACUCGGCAACCACUUCCCUGUCGUCGCUCCUGCUUUGUCGAGGGUCCAGAAGCGGUUGGCCUAAAUCACCUUCGGCCGCUUCUGACCCAGUGGUUUACCUGUUCUGCCCAUGAGUAUCCACACUCAUCCCCAGGCCUCUCGGUAACACACUUUAUAAUCUUCUUUUAUUCCUAUUUCUUUGCUUUAAUUUCGUAGGAAACCGCGGACUCUGCGCACUCAUCCAGAUACAACGCCUUCCUGGACCACACUCGUUUAGUUUUUCACGACACACGGACUUGAUGGACCUUAUACGAUAGUCUCAACUUCGGACAAUAGGCCUCACACUUUACGACUUCUUACGACCCCACCCUUUUUCAUAGCCCUACUUGAUAACUGUCGAGAAAACGGACUCGUCGGACACUGGGUUUUUUACGAUACACCUUAUGGACGAUACAUGGACGGUCUAUUUGCUUUACGACUCACGUUUAUGUAGUCUACGAGUAGAUAGUGACGCCCCAUCGCCAUCAUCACAAGUCGAGUAGUACUCGCCAAACUUUUGUAGCCGUAGUCGUUCUCCCACUUUUCUAACUUUUGUCUGUUUUACUGGCCUUCUUGGCUGCCUCAAUACAUUUACUGUGUGGGGUAGCCAUGUUAGCCCCUCACACUCCUUCA